GCGCCGGCGAUUCGAGGCGCUGUCGGGCCUCCGCGCGCGCGCUCCACAGCAGGUCACGGCCAUGUCGCGGCGCAUUCGGCUGCUGUUCGUAGCGGCGGCUCUGCUGGCGGCGACGGCCCACCGCGCGGCGGCCGACGACUCGGUGCAAAGUGCCGCUGCUGUGAAGAGUUGCUACACCUGCAUGGGCAACCAGGACGACAACACCUGCUUGCUGGCACCAGAAAAAGAGGCGCAACCCUUCAUGAAAUGCACGCGGAAGUACUGCACAAUCAUCCGGGAGGAGUACACCGAAAACCCAGGCGUGGCUGUCACGAUCACACGCGGCUGCGAGGUGAAGCUGCCCCACCCGGACGGCAAGGAGGUGACGGACCAGUACACCCGCUACUACUGGACCUGCACCAGCAACCUGUGCAACACAGGGGACGGCACACACGCCCCGGCCGGCGGCGGCGGCGGUGGUGGCGGCGACGUCAAGUAUGUACUGGUGGAGGGGUGCGGCGUGGCAGCCCUGCGAGGCGGCCUGCUGACCGUGGCCGGCCUGGCGCUGCUGCUGCUGCUGCAGCCCUGGUGACCCCGCGGCAGGCACCGGGCGGACCGCGACGGGCGUCGGCGGCGGACCACUGACCGCUGUAUCGGUGACGGGCCACGGUGUCGGCGGGCCCGUCGGAGCACGGCCGACGGGACCAGUGACAUAUAGCCACCGCAGACCGCAGCGAAGGACGCCAGAUCACGGCGGACCGCAGCGACGGACACCGAAUCACCGCAGACCGCAGCGACGGACACCGGAUCACCGCAGACCGCAGCGACGGACACCGAAUCACCGCAGACCGCAGCGACGGACGCUAGAUCACGGCAGAUCGCAGCGACGGACGCCGAAUCACCACAGACCGCAGCGACGGACGCUAGAUCACGGCAGACUGCGGCAACGGACGCCGGACACGGCAGACCGCGGCAACGGACGCCGGGUCACGACAACCGAAGCCGGAUCGCGGCAACCGCAGCCGGGCCGCCGCACCUCCGCCGAACCACAAGCUGCAUCCCAGCAAUACGUGGGAGACUGGUCAAUGAAGAAACUGUUAAUAUGAUGGGGGAUUUCGGUUGUGCUUUAUGGCGAUAAAAUUGAUUGAUAAAACC